UCCGCCGGGUUGCCAUGGAGACGGGCGGGCGGCGGCGGCGGGGCUGUCACUGAGGGAUCGCACCGCGCUCCGCGGCGGAGGGGAAGCCGCGGCGGCCGCGGCUGCAGCGGCAGAGGCAGAAAUGGACUCGCACUGCGACUGUGUGGAGCCCCCGGCCGCCGAGCCGCCGUCGGGCAGGAUUAACAAAACCGCUUUCAAGCUUUUCAGGAGGAGGAAGUCCGGGGGAACCAUGCCGAGCAUCUUCGGGGUGCGGAGCCGAGGAGGGGAGGGUAAGGGCGCCGGCAAGCCGGGGAUGGUGCGGAGCCGGACGCACGACGGCUUGGCCGACGCCGUGCUGGAGAGCAGCAAGAAGGAGGAACCGGGCGGCGGCGAGGCGCCGAGCCGAGAGGCGCAGGAGCGGCCGGCCGGCAGCCCCGGCGGCCCCGCCGGCAGCGCCGUGGCCAAGUCGCACAGCUUCUUCUCGCUGCUGAGGAAGAACGGCAGGCAGGCGGAGGGCGCGGAGCCGCGGGCCGGCGGCAGACAAAAGAAGGGGCUGAAGGGGAUCUUCAGCAGCAUGCGGUGGCACAAAAAGGACAAAAACGGCAAGGAGGAGAGGGGGGAAACCUCGGACAUCCCGUCCGGCCUUAUCAUGCCGGGGUCCCUGACCGCCAGCCUGGAGUGCAUCAAGGAGGAGACGCCGAAACCUUUGUCUGAGAGCCCGAGCGGCGCGGGAGACGCCGGGCCGGAGGCGGCGCGGGAGAAGCGCAGCGGCGAGGCGCCCGCCGCGGCCGAGGAGCCCCGAGCGGAGCCGCGGGCCGGCAGCGCCCCGGGCCGGGAGGAGCCGCCCGCCGCCGUGCGGCCACCCGAGGAGCUCCGCCGCGAGCGACCCGAGCCGGCCGCCGGAGAGGCUGGGACUGCGAAGGAUGCGGCGAUAACAGGCUGCGGAGAUAUUAUUGCGGACCAUGAGGAGGAUGUGGGCGGCGGGAGUGGCGUCUGCGAGAAGAGCACCCCCGGGCCCAGCAAGCUGGGUGCCACCAAGAAGCACCCCACCAUGGUGGCCUACCAGGGAGGAGGGGAGGAGAUGGCCAGCCCCGACCAGGUGGAUGACACCUGCCUGCAGGAGUUCUGGGAUAUGCUGUCGCAGACAGACGAGACUCAGACGCAAGGAGCAGGAAGCGGAGGAGGGACAAAGAAGCCCGAGGGGUUGAAGGAAACCCGAGGUACCGAGGGGGCCCAGAACAGGGUGGUGGUGAAGCGUGGUGGCCUCCACCAGAUUGCCAUUCACCUGAACCACAAAGAGGAGCAGAAGAGCAGGGAAAAGGAGCAGCACGAGGGUGUCCCAAACAGCGAUGAGGGCUACUGGGAUUCCACCACCCCUGGUCCCGAGGAAGACAGUUCCACAAGCAUCCAGAAGGAAACCCUUCCCAGGGAUAGCUACAGUGGGGAUGCUCUCUAUGACCUUUACGCCGAGCCGGAUGAGAACCCACCAGCGGGGCCCACAAACGAGGAAGUCCCCAGUGUGCCACGCUCCAAGCCCGUGUCUCCAAUAAGGACCGUGAGCUCACUGAAAACACCCUCCAGCAGCGCGAAGGACUCCAAGAUACCCAUCAGCAUUAAACACCUUUCCUCGCAUCCGGCCAGCCACGGAGCAGAUGCCAGUAACAGCCAUCACGUCGCACACCAUCACCUGGCCAAAAGUGAGAUGCACAGAACAAAAAUCCCCGUCUCCAAAGUGCUGGUACGCCGAGUCAGUAACAGGGGCGUAGCCGGGCCAGUAACGGGGACAACAGUGAAAACUGCCAUGUACCAGGACAGUGCCAAAAAGUAGUUGGGUAAGAGGUGGAGGCAAACGCAGAGAAUGAAGUCCAUGUGGGAAAAUCUGCACAGGAGACCGCAGAUAAUGAAUUAGUUUUGCAUCACCUGAAGAAAGUCACCUAAAAGGCUUCCUUCACUGUACUCUGUGGGCCUGCACUUCUGAGUCUCUUCUUACUAGACUGUAUGGCUGAAUACAAAAAGUCAACUUCUUUUUGAGCA